AUGGCUUCAUCACCUGCAGGAAAAUUCUCUCUUUGUUUGGUACUAAUGUUGUUUUCAUGGGCUUUGCACGCAGCGUCUCGUACAAUACCUGAAGCUUCCGUUCAGCAGAAGCAUGAGCAAUGGAUGGCUGAGCAUGGACGCAUUUAUGCAGAUAGUGAAGAGAAGGGCAAGCGUCUUGAGAUCUUUGCAGACAACUUGCAGUUCAUCGAAGACUUCAAUCACGGGGGGAAUCGCACCUUCAAGCUUGGCUUGAACGCGUUCUCGGACCGAACGGUCAAAGAAUUCCUUGAGACUAGUACUGGAUUGGUGUUGCCAUCAACUCUCCACCCGAGAACGACGUCAUUCAUGUAUGCAAACAUUACCCACAUCCCCGAUAGCCUGGAUUGGGUGGCAAAAGGAGCCGUAAAUGCCAUAAAAGAUCAAGGUCGAUGUGGCUCUUGCUGGGCCUUCUCAGCGGUAGCGGCAAUAGAAUCGAUUACCCAGAUCAAGACUGGUAAGUUACUGGAACUAUCAGAGCAACAAUUGGUAGACUGUACUAUCGAAAACUAUGGCUGCAGUGGGGGUUGGAUGGACACCGCGUUCGACUACAUAAUACAAAAUGGAGGCAUCUCCUCUGAAACUAACUAUCCCUACAAUUCAUCGGACGGAACAUGCAAUGCUCACAUGGCGUCCCUGAGCGUGGCCAAAAUUGUGGGUUAUGAGGAUGUCCCUGACAACAAUGAGGGAGAGAUCUUAAAGGCCGUGGCGAUGCAACCGGUCUCGGUCGCCCUCGACGGCAGUGGGCGAGAAUUCCAGUUAUACUCAAGCGGUGUUUUCAAUGGGAACUGCGGGACCAACAUGUCCCACGCUGUGGCGAUUGUAGGCUACGGGACAGCUGAGGAUGGCACCAAAUAUUGGAAGAUCAGGAACUCCUGGGGGGAGACGUGGGGCGAAGCUGGCUACAUGAGGAUUCAAAGAGAUUAUACUCAACCAGAAGGAUUAUGUGGACUUGCCAUGCAUGCUUCUUAUCCUGUUGUCUAA